AGUCAGUUGACGUCGAAUCACCAGUGCAGCGUAAUAGUAACCGGCACAAACAGAUAAUGGACCGAGGACAAGAUGAAGAAGAUUCCCCCACCCGUUAAAAAGGUGGUGGUCCACGGAAACGCCUCCACCAUCCUAUCCACAUCUUCACCAUCUCGGCCUCGUAUUAUCGCGAGUCCCCUCACUCAUACUCUUUCAGAUUUUAAGACUUUGCUUAAGAAUUAUCCGCGAGCUUUCGCGUAUCGCGGGUCGAAGAUUUAAUUUUUUUUUAUAAAAGUGUUGAGUGAUUUUUUUCAGUGAAAAAAUUAAUUAAAAAUUGUGGUGUGAUUUUAAUUAAUUGAUUUUUGAAAAAAAAAUUUAUUGAUUAAUUAAUAUAAAAUUAAAUCAUGGAAAUUAAUGACAAACCCGGACCGUCAAAUGAAUCGAAUGCGCUGGACGAUGCAGUCGGAAAAUUAUUGCAAGGGUAUGAUUGGACAUUAUUGCCAGUAACGUCGAGAACAGGCGGACGGAGGAGUACUCAUGUAAAAAGGCCGAUGAAUGCUUUCAUGGUAUGGGCCCAGGCUGCAAGAAGAAGACUCGCUGAUCAGUACCCCCAGCUUCAUAAUGCCGAGUUGUCAAAAACUCUCGGUAAAUUGUGGAGAAUAUUAAGCGACGGCGAAAAGCAACCAUUUAUCGAAGAAGCGGAAAAAUUACGUAAUGCUCAUAAAAAACAACACCCACAUUACAAAUACCAACCACGUCGCAGAAAACCAAAGACUGAAGACCAAUCUGUCCCCCGAAAUACAUUGCAACCACCAACAGUAGACUCUCCCCCAGAAUGUACUUACCCGAGGAUCUAUCCCGACUCCUCGAAGCCUUACGAGCGACCUCUGGCCUACGAGCCGCAAAAAGGGUUCGAACUGCACCCGAAGUACGUAGAGAGUCUAAAGUGCACUGACCACCAGAACUGCGGGUACGAGGGUCCCAAGUACGAGCUCUCCAAAAACUACCCCGAGGCUUCCAGGCACCCCGAGCUCCAGAAGAACUACGAGGGGAUCUCCAAGUUCCCGGAGAUGAAAGUUUCCGGAUACUCGGAGGCCUUCAAGUACCCAGAAGUCGCAAACACCCAGAAGUCUUACCCUUGUAUGCACAGUCAGUACUACUCCGCGCCGGACUCUUACACAGUUCAUGAAGAUACUGACUAUCAGGGACAAAGUAUGCCCGCGCACUCAUUUUACCCUUAUAUUUCCGCUUCCAUGGCUCAGCCUUCUUAUUACAUGGGUCCACGAUAAAUUAAUAAUAAUGACAA